AUGGCUACAGGAAACGAAGGAAAGGACCUCUCCGCCCUCCUCGCCCGCCUCCGCACCUCCGGCCCUCACAAAACCCUCCCCACCGCCCGCCGCAUCCGCAUCAUCUUCAACAAGACCCUCAUCGUCGACACCACCCGCGCCGUCCUCGUCUGGGAGCACGAAUGGUAUCCCCAGUACUACAUCCCUGCCUCUGACAUCCAAGCCGCCUCCCUCACAAACGAAGCCCUCGCCACCCUCACCGUCGCGGAAAAGCCCGGCAUCGAAGCCAAGUCGACGGAUCGUGUGCUUCGAUUCGACAAUGACACCAGCUGGGGAGUCCUGGCCGGCCUGGUAGGUAUCAUAUCAUAUAUAUAUAUAUAUCUACCUACUGACGCCCUCCCCCCUCCAAAAGACUCCUGGCUGGAAGAAGACCUCCCCAUCUACGGCCACCCAAAAGACCCCUUCAAGCGCAUCGACAUUCUCCCCUCCACCCGCCCCAUCGAGGUCCGCAUCGCCGGCAAGACCGUCGCAAAGUCCCCCCACGCGCAGCACCUCCACGAGACGGGCCUCCGCGUCCGGUACUACCUCCCGCUCGCCUCCGUCGUCGACCCGGCCCUCCUCCGCCCGAGCACGACGACGACGUACUGUCCGUACAAGGGCACGGCCGAGUACUACGACGUCGUGCUGGACGAUGGAAGGGAGUACAAGGAUGUGGUUUGGUAUUAUCGGGCGACGCUGCAUGAGAGUGCGGCGGUUGCGGGACUGAUUUCGUUUUAUAAUGAAAAGGUGGAGAUAUAUUUGGAUGGGAACAGGGUUGAGUGA